AUGGCGCUGAAACAAUGCAGCAUGUGCGAUCGCACGUUCACCAAACUCGAGCAUCUCAAGCGUCACGAAAGAUCGCACACCAAAGAGCGCCCGUAUGAGUGCCCAACAUGCAACAAGAGCUUUUCGAGAAGCGACGUCUUGUUCCGGCACUGUAAGGGCCACAACCAGGUCGCGAUGAAUCGUAGGAAGGAUGAACAGCAAAGCCAUGGAUCGCUUCAACCGACGGACCUUUCGAGCCAACCCUUGCAUUUCCAUCCCCCAGUGCACAUGGCUGGCCCUACCCCUGCUCCUUCCUUGCCAGGUGGAGACAUGUCUUUGCCAGAAGGCGAGAAUGCUCCAGCAAUCCAUCCAAACAGCGGACACCGUAUGGAGGCGCUCAUCAACGCAGCCCAACACCUCGAGCCCACUGCGUAUCCAUCUUGGCAGUCACCUAACUCAUUGCACCCCGACAGUUACCAGAUGGCAGGACAUCAUGACAGUAACCUGGGGCCACCCAUUGACCCCUCCAUGGAAUCACUCUCUUUCACGUCUGCCACGAGCAGUGGCAACUUCGAUCCAUGGGCUUUCGAUCUGAUGCAGAGCCACCAGGCUAUGCUUGGUCAAACGACCUCCAGCUCAUUGAGAUCGUGGCUCUUCACACCAGACGGCAAUCUGGAUACACCAAACGGAAACCACCGUCCAGAUUUAGACGAGUCUCUCUACCAAGACGGCGCAGCAGGCCCCUCUCAUGACGAAGGCAGUCCGUCAGAUGCCGUGUCCAUCGCAUCAAAGAUUCCCAGAGAGCGAUUUGUAAGAGUCGCCAACUGUUGGCCGCCACAGAUCUCAAGAACAACACGAACAAUGCCUAUCUUGUGGCAGGACUUGGCCUUGCAGGGAUGCCCGAACAUCUUCGCUGAUGAUACAACGCACAUGAUUGAACAGCACCCCUCCCAAGACCAACGACGGAACUCGCGCUGGUGCUUGGAUGAGCUCCGCCGAAAAUCUCUUCAGGAUGUACUAGCUCAGGCACCUCCGGCCGAUAAUUUACGAUUCAAUCACCGAGGAAGCUUCGUAGGGACCAACAGCAUGGCCAUUUCUGGAAACAGCUUGCCAUUUCCACCAACCGAGAUUCUGGAUAUUGCAUUGGAGAUGUACCAGAACUAUUUCCACCCGACGCUACCAGUCGUUCACGUGCCUACCUUUUCCGCUAAGCAAGCUGCGCAACCGCUUCUGCUGUCAAUGUGUCUCAUAGGCAUGAGCAUCAUCGGCACUGCGGGCGCCGUGAAGUUCGUAACGCAUAGCUUCCCCAGCUUGCUACAGCUUGUACUAGCGGAUCUGCGCUCUUUGCGCUCGAGCAAAGAUCCUCCGCAACGGCACAUGCGCACAAUCGCUACAGGGCUUUUGGUUCUCAACCUCGCUUCAAUUACAGGCAGGAAGAACCGCAUCGCUCAGGCGGAGGAACUCUACAUCGAGCUCAUCACAGUGUCUCAGAACCAGGGCCUCUUCUCUGUCAACGACGGUAUGGACGUAGGCGACUUGCUGCACUCUUUGGCCGACGGGGAGCAUAGGUGGAGAGCCUGGGUGAACAUCGAGUGUGUUAAGAGGAUCACUUACGGGCUGAUCCAGGCCGACUCCUGGUGGGCAGGCCAUCUUUCAAGCUCACCCAUUAUCCGCCCCGAGCUUGUGCAGGUCUACCCUGUCACAAACCAAAGCUUAUACCAGGCAGAAUCAUCAACAGCGUGGAUCCAUAUGGUCGACCAAGGCACUCCAGCGCAUAUUGAUGCCAUCACGUCUUACCCUGACCUAGCUCCCGCGCCUAAUUCUCGAUCGUUGGAACUAGCAUGUAAUCAGCUCACGCUCAUCUCACUUCGGAUGUUAGAAGCAAAUGACAGGGUGGGCGUCAAGAGUGAACAUCAGCAUCUUGAGCCUUGGCGCGUCUUUGCGGACGAUGAACGUAGCCGUGGCAUAGUACCUUUGAUGGUGAGCUUCAGGUCCAUUCAUGACUUAAACUCUCUUGUCCUCUGGCACAAGCUGUGCAUGCGGCUCGGUGCAAACAUGCAAAACUUCGAGCUGGCUGCUGGUCGAGCUGGCGCAGGACCAGCUGCGACUGCCCUCGAGCUCGUCUCUGCAUGGACACAAACUUCGACAGCGCGUCGAUCGAUCCUUCACGCAGCGCAUAUCUACAAGCUGCUUUCAGAUCGCAAGGUCUCGGAUGUUGUCCAUCCACAAAGCAUUGUAGCGCUGUUCCAUGCUGCUUUGGUCCUUGGACUGUACGUUUUCACGGUUCCGCCCUCAGCAAACUCAAGCACCGCCGCCGGAUACGAGCUAUCAGACCCAGUGGAUUGGGUCAUUGUUGAAAGAGUCGGCUUGGUCGACCGCGAGGAGUACUCUAAUGCAAUCAAAACAGAAUCAGCAGCCGCACGAUUCAUCUUGCAUGGCGGGUCUCUCAGCAUGGGCAACGUCGCUUUGGAGGCUGGCUAUGCUGCAGCCCGCAAAACCUUGCUGCACUGCGCUGACCUUAUGGAAGGAAUGGGACGUUGGAAGAGCAGGACGUUUUCUCAAAUUCUGCACAUCAUGAGCGAUGACUUGACGGAGUUCAAUGGCCCUGACCACGACGACGGUUGA